AUGCCGCUGCUCCUCACCUCCUCCUCCUCCCUACCGGCGCUGCCGCUACCGCCGCUGGCCGCGUCGCCCAGGUCCCGCCUCAGGGUUGCGGCUUCCACCGCCGCCUCCGCCCCGGACGGGGCCGGCGCCGCUGCCAGAGGCACCAGCGCGGCCGGGUUCCCGUCCUUCCUUCCCCAGGCGGUGGAGCGCAUCCGCGACGGCGCCGCCAUCCGCCUCGCCAAACGAAUCGAGCGCGUCCCCGUUCAGGCGAGCCAAUUUCUCCCGAUUGAGAAAUGCUACACCGGUUUCUCGGGGAGCGCAAUACCGAGCAGCUGUGUCAGGCCGCUCAAGCAGCAACAAGACGCUGAUCCAGUCGUGCUGCUGCAUGGCUUCGACAGUUCUGUUCUAGAAUGGAGAUACACCUACCCUUUGCUUGAGGAGGCCGGAUUGGAGGCUUGGGCUGUGGACAUCCUUGGUUGGGGCUUCUCUGAUUUAGAAACACGGCCACCAUGUGAUGUUGCAUCCAAACGCGAGCAUCUUUAUCAGUUCUGGAAAUCAUACAUCAAAAGGCCUAUGGUGUUAGUCGGGCCCAGCCUUGGUGCUGCUGUUGCCAUUGAUUCUUCAGUCAACUACCCGGAAGCGGUCUCGAAAUUGAUCUUCAUUGGUGCAAGUGUAUACUCUGAGGGCCCGAAAGAUGUGACUAAAAUCCCUAAAUUUGUUUCAUAUGCCGGGGUGUUCAUAUUGAAGAGUCUUCCACUGCGAUUUUUAGCAACAAGUUUGGCAUUUAAAAAAACUCCAAAUGAAUUCUUUGAUUGGGUGCAAGUAAGCCUCUAUGGAUCACUUUGA